UCGCCUAAGGUGCCUUGCAUGAUCGCCCUGAUAUGAGCCAGGGGGCUUCAUAUUCAACGUCAAAACCGCGGCACAACAAACCUUAAAAUUCCUUCAGCCUGUUCAUACGGAAUAUCGUGCGCGGCCUCCUCGGUGUAUCGCGGUGAGUAGGCGACAUGGGUCUCGUCGUCGACUAUAGGAAUUACAUUCUGGGUGUUGUUGUCAUCUCGAUUCUCAUUCGAGCCCUACUUCGACCGGGGAAGAGCAUCAAGCGGAACGGAGAGCCGCUAAGGCACCCCCCGAACACGCUACCCGUGGUCGGCAAUGGCCUCAAGUUUCUGCAACCCCGCUGGAAGCUGCUGGGCUGGUUCAACAGAUGCCAGCGAUUAUUCGGCUACGAAACCGUCGUCCUGAGCGUGCCGACCCUCCCGCCAGGGGUGCUCAUCCACAGCCCAAGGAACAUCGAGUUCGUCUUCAGGAACGAAGGCCUGUUCACCAAGGGCGAGUUUGUGAAGAGGCGAUCAUGGGACCUGUUCGGGAAUGGCAUCAUCAACGCCGACGGGGACUUUUGGAAGCUGCAGCGGAAGGCUGGCGCGGCCUUCCUCAAUACAGCAAACCUUCGCGUUCUUACUGAAGUGGCGCUCCCUCAGUACCUGUCCGAGAGCAUCGCGGACAUCGAGUCGUCCAUUAGUUCCGGCAUCGUUGACCUUCAGCAUGUUUUUCACGAAAUCACCACGAAGCUCAUGGGCCAGAUGGCAUAUAACAUGGAGAUGCACGCCGACGAUGAGUUCUCCCGGUCGUUCGACUUCGCCUCCGGAGCCACGGCCGAACGCUUCCAAAACCCUCUGUGGCUAGUCACCGAACUAGUCACUGGCUCCAGAUUUCGCAGGUCCGUGAAGGUCGUCAAGGAUUUCGGCAGACGCAUUGUAUCAAACGCUAUCCAUAACCGAACCGAGCAGAAGCAUCAAGAAGACGGCAACGCGGCCGAUGAUGACAGCAAAUUGGACCAGAUUUCGGGCACCCUAAUUCAAUCUCUCCUCGACGCAAUUGGCAACGAAGAAAUGGUCGCCGAUGCCGCGCUAACCUACCUCUCCGCGGGCCGUGACACAACGGGCCAAGCCCUAACAUGGACUUUCUACCUCCUGCUACAGCACCCCUCCGUAGUCAGCAAAAUCCUCCACGAAAUCCGAUCCCUCCUCGCCCAACAACAACAACAACAACAACAACAACAACAACAAAAAGAAGAAGAAGCCCCCCUAGGAUCGGGACCCUCAAACCUCAAACCAGCGCUCUUCACCCCGGCCUCCGUCCCCUAUGCAAUGGCCGUCUUCUACGAAACCCUGCGCCUGUACCCACCCAUCCCCUUUGAAAUCCGCCAGUGCCAGGCCGACACCACCCUCCCUGACGGCACCUUCCUACCCAGGCACUCGGUCCUCGUCUGGUGUCUGUGGGCCAUGCAGCGGUCACGUCUCACGUGGGGCGAAGACGCGGACGAGUUUCGACCGGAGCGCUUCCUGGACGACGAGGGCAAGCUCGUGAACCGGAGCUCGACCGAGUUCCCUGUGUUUUACGGCGGCGCCCGGGCGUGCCUGGGCAAGAAGAUGGCCGAGGCGAUCGCGGCGCAGGUCAUUCCGAGCAUAGCGUGGCUGUUUGAGUUUGAAGCGGCGUUUACUGGGGAGAGGGCCAGCAAGACGAGUUUGACGUUGCCGAUGGAGGGAGGAUUGCCAGUCCGGGUGAGGAGGAGGAUGAACGGCGGGAGUAUAGAUGGCGAUUGCAUUUGAUUACCUAGCAGUACGGCGUUGAUGAGAUUGAGGUGUAUAGAAUGGUAGGAUCUAGUGGUGAGUUAUUGAUAGCACGUAUUACACCUAGAAAAGACACAUGGUCCGUAAUUCUUCUUCGUGUGGACCUGUGCCGCAAGUUUGG